AUGCCGAUGCACACCACCGUCCUCUACCCCGCUUCGACGCUUUCGGUCUUCUCUCAGAACCACUCGACUAGUCCCGCGUCGCCUGCAUCUUCCACUGCGACCCUCCUUUCCUCCUCGUCUAACUCCGCUCCCGCGAAGAAAGAUUACUUCGUCGCGCUCGGCGUCAUGCAGUCCACCUACGGCUUCGCCGGAAUGGCAGCCGCACCCACCCCCAAGACCAAGCCAUCGAAGCGAUCUCUGCGCGCCGUGCUCGGACUUCGAUCGUCCUGCCAACCCGAAUCUAACGCGCCUAUAAAGAAGUCGUUGAUUAAGAAGGAGAAGAAGGACUACGGCGCCGCGUUCGGGAAGAUGUCGGCUUCGCAUGGGUUUCCCGCUGGCUCUGCCGCCGUCCCGCAGGGGCAUUGGCGUAGUGGCCUUGCGUAA